AUGUAUGAUCAUAUUACUCUAUGUUUGAAGGAAUUAUACUGGCUUCCAGUGUCGAAGGAACUCUAUUUACGUGAUACAGUUGUGGUUUUUAAGUGCAUAAAAGGGGCUGCCAACACAACGUUUCCAAGCAGACGAUCAAUAAGUGGACGGAUUACAAGACAAUCGAAAUACAUCCCAGAAUAUAGAACCGUUAUAGGUAAAAAAAGUCAUUUGUUUGUAGAGAAUCGACAUGGAAUUCCCUUUGUCCUUCACUCAAACAAGUUGGUUCCAGCAGAGGUUCCAAACACCACUGGGCACUGGCUUGAAGGAACAGUUAUUAGAAAGAUUCUUAGAUUCAAACUGACAUAA